UCGUUGAUAACGUUAUCAUGUUCAAAACGGUCCGGGCAGAGGGGUAAUUGAUUAGAGAAGUCAAUGACAACAUCACCGGGUUUAGUCGUAUGAAAAUAUCCCGGCAUGCUAGCGACGCAAGACUCUGCCUGGGAGGGGAGGAGGGAUGAUGGAGCUAAGAUGGCAGCCUUAUUGAGGGUGCUGCCUCCUCGGGGUCAAGAAAUAUUCGAGGAAAUAAUGAAAGCGAAACACAGCAUUUCUGAUUACGACGGGUGCCUCGCGUGCACCUCUACGUGAUUUGUUUUUCGUCCCGUCCCGACAGCGCGCGCACGCUCGCUCGCGGGAGGCAAACAUCGUGCCGUGGUCGGCUCGAAUCGGAAGACCACAGCUGCACCCUGAGACCGGCCACAGUUUUUUGCGUGUUCUAAGAAACCGAGCGCCGCGGAUGCUAUUUGUGGUAUUUCUCCAGCUCGGAGCGGACUAAUGAUGUGACCUGAGGGGGGGUGGGUUGGGAAAGAGGGGGGAUUCGAUGACGAGUGGACUCUAUCCGAUGGCCAGAUAUUAUUUGGCUGCGAUAUCCCGUGUGUGAUAUAUGCAUUGUUCUGCAAAACGAUGAUGUGCGCUGCUGCGGCAGCGGCCGCCGGUGGAGGGAUUCUGCCCUCCUUGUCGCCGUCGAUGGGGCUGGGUGUCAGGGUCAUUUCUGGAGCAGGGGCCGAUCUUUCUACCGUCGGUUCGGGAAUGGGUUCUUGCCAGCUGCCCGGGGUCCAGUCGGAUUGUCGGACUCGGUACCAGCUUUUACUCUCAGGACGAGCCCUUGCGGAAAGAUACAGACGGAUUUAUACUACCGCCAUCAACGACAAAGAGCAAGGGAUAAAUCAAGGAAGGGGAAAGAAGGCUUUAAGUAAGAAGAAGCUGAAAAGACGGCAGAAAGUCAAGUCAAAAGUCAAAUCAAGAACCAAGGCCGAGAGCCUGGAUGGAGUCCUGUGUGUGCCUGACAUCAAGCUCCACAGCAACCCCUCGGCGUUCAACGUCUACUGCAACGUGCGGCACUGUGUGCUGGACUGGCAGCAGAGGGAGGCCUCCCUCACACUGGCCUCCCGGAGCUCUGCGCAGAGCGGCGACUCAGACAGCGAGGAGGAGGAAGAGUACCGCGAGCCAGCCGUGAAGCUGCCAAAGAUCGUGGGCAUUGGCCUGUGCGGGGUUUUUGAGCUGAUUAAGGAGACCCGGUUCUCUCAUCCCUCACUGUGCCUACGUAGCCUUCAAGCCCUGCUGGAGAUGCUGCAGGGCCAACAACCUGAAGGCUUUCAGACCGAGCCUCCUGAUGUCCUAGAGUCUCUUUUCCAGUUGUUGUUGGAAACCACGGUCCGGAGCACAGGGCCCAACGACCCGACGGGACAAACCAUCACGGCCCUCUCCUGCGCCUGCCUCUUCAGCCUGGUGGUGGCCUGGGGAGACACGGGCAAAAUCCUGCAGGCCGUCUCUGCCAUUCUCACCAACAAUGGCAGCCACGCCUGCCAGACAAUACAGGUCCCCACCAUACUGAACGCACUACAGCGGAGCGUGCAGGCUGUCCUGGUGGGGAAAAUCCAGAUCCAGGAUUGGUUCGGAAACGGCAUCAAACGUGCUGCCCUGAUGAACAAAUGGUUCCUAAAAGAGGUGGCCAUCGAUGAAGAUGAGCGCUGUCUUCUGCAAACCGAUGGCUCCUUCCUCUACUUGCUCUGCAAGGAUGGUCUCUACAAAGUUGGAUCAGGAUAUAGCGGUACUGUCAGGGGUCACGUCUACAACUCCACCUCUCGAAUUAGGAAUCGAAAAGAGAAGAGGUCGUGGCUGGGCUUCGCGCAGGGGUACUUAUUGUACCGGGACACAAGUAACCACAGUAUGUCCGCCAUCAAGAUAAACCCAGAGACUCUGGAGCACGAGGGGGCGGUCACCAUGCCAGGUCAACAUUCUGAUGGGCAGAACAUCAUCUUCACAGAUGGAGAGUACAUAAACCAGAUCGCCGCCUGCAGAGAUGAUGGUUUUGUGGUGCGGAUCUAUACCAUGAGUUCUGACCCAGCCCUGCAGCAGGAACUGCAGCUGAAGCUGGCAAGGAAAUGCCUGCACGCCUGUGGCAUCUCUCUCUUUGACCUGGAGAAGGACCUGCACAUUAUCAGCACGGGCUUUGACGAAGAGGCAGCACUACUUGGGGCAGGCAGGGAGUUUGCGCUGAUGAAAACUGCCUCAGGAAAGAUCUACUACACAGGAAAGUACCAGAGCCUGGGAAUAAAACAGGGUGGCCCAUCAGCAGGAAAAUGGGUGGAACUGCCAAUAACGAAGUCUCCCAAGAUUGUCCAGUUCUCAGUCGGCCAUGAUGGUUCUCAUGCCCUUCUAGUCGCCGAAGAUGGAAGUGUGUUCUUCACAGGCUCCGCGAGCAAAGGGGAAGACGGGGAGUCCACAAAAAGCCGAAGACAGCCAAAGCCAUACAAGCCGAAGAAGAUGAUCAAAUUAGAGACCAAAACAGCUGUGUAUACAGCAUGCAACAACGGCAGCAGCAGCAUUGUCACAAAGGACGGGGAGCUCUACAUGUUUGGGAAAGAUGCUAUUUACAGCGACAGCACCUGUCAGGUGACGGACCUCAAAGGUCACAUUGUAACUCAGGUCGCCAUGGGCAAGGCUCAUACGUGCGUGCUCACCAAGAAUGGUGAAGUGUGGACAUUUGGAGUGAACAAUAAGGGGCAGUGUGGAAGAGACACCGGAUCUGUAAGCCAGGCAGGCAAAGCGUUCGGCGUGGAGAGCAUGGCCACGGCCAUGGACGAGGACCUGGAGGACGAGCUGGAGGAGAAGGAAGAGAAAAGCAUGAUGUGCCAGCCAGGCAUGCACAAGUGGAAGCUGGACCAGUGCAUGGUCUGCACGGUGUGCGGGGACUGCACGGGCUACGGCGCCAGCUGCGUGAGCAGCGGACGCCCCGACAGAGUACCGGGAGGUAUCUGUGGUUGUGGGUCUGGAGAGUCUGGCUGCUCUGCAUGUGGCUGCUGCAAGGCCUGUGCCAGGGAGCUUGACGGUCAGGAAGCCAGACAGAGAGGCAUCUUUGACGCUGUGAAGGAGAUGAUCCCGCUGGACCUGCUGCUAGCUGUGCCUGUCCCUCCCCCCCCAGGAGUGAACAUCGAGGAACACAUUCAGAUCCGUCAGGAGGAGAAACGUCAGAGGAUCAACCGGCGGCAUAGGUUGGAGGAGGGAAGAGGCCCCCUUGUUUUUCCCGGUCCCAUUUUUAUGAACCAGCGUGAGCAGGCCCUAGCCAGAAUAAGACCCCUUCAGGCACUAAGGCAUAAACGGGACAAGCACAAAGAUGGCAGCAGUGAGCGCGGAGAGAAGGAUGCCAGUAAAAUAACCACGUACCCCCCGGGGGCGGUGAGGUUUGACAGCGAGCUCCGAGCUGUGCAGGUCAGCUGCGGCUUUCACCACUCAGUGGUGUUGAUGGAAAAUGGAGAUGUUUACACAUUUGGGUACGGCCAGCAUGGGCAGCUUGGACAUGGUGACGUCAACUCCAGGGGCUCUCCAACUCUGGUGCAGGCGCUUCCAGGGCAGAGUGUCCAGGUGACGGCGGGCAGUAACCACACAGCGGUUCUCCUCUUGGAUGGCCAAGUCUUCACGUUUGGCAGCUUCUCGAAAGGGCAGUUGGGCAGGCCCAUCCUGGACAUGCCCUACUGGAAUGCAAAACCGUCACCUAUGCCCAACAUUGGUGCCAAAUAUGGACGAAAGGCCACCUGGAUCGGUGCCAGCGGGGACCAGACGUUCCUUCGGAUCGACGAGGCUCUGAUUAACUCCCACGUCCUGGCUACUUCGGAGAUCUUUGCCAGCAAACACAUCAUUGGGCUUGUGCCCUCCUCAGUGUCUGAGCCGCCUCCGUUUAAAUGCUUGCUGAUCAACAAAAUGGAUGGAAGCUGUAGAACCUUCAACGACUCAGAACAGGAGGACCUGCAGGGAUUUGGCCUUUGUCUUGACCCCGUGUAUGAUGUCAUAUGGAGGUUUCUACCAGCCUCAAGGGAGAUGUGGUGCUACAACGCAGUGAUAGCUGAUGCCAGAGUGCCAUCUGCAACAGAUCUACAGGCUCGCUGCAGCAUCCUCAGCCCAGAGCUGGCGUUACCCUCAGGAUCACAUGCAGCCACCACUCGCUCUCACGGAGCCCUGCACAUUCUUGGUUGCCUGGAUACAUUAGCAGCCAUGCAGGAGCUGAAAAUGGGUGUAGCCAGUGCAGAAGAAGAGACCCAGGCAGUGAUGAAGGUCUACUCCAAAGAGGACUACAGUGUUGUUAACCGCUUUGAGAGUCAUGGUGGUGGUUGGGGUUACUCGGCCCAUUCUGUGGAGGCCAUCCGCUUCUGUGCUGAUGCAGACAUCCUACUGGGCGGGUUGGGCCUUUUCGGGGGACGAGGGGAAUAUACUGCCAAGAUAAAGCUUUUUGAGCUUGGACCUGACGGAGGCGACCACGAGACGGAUGGUGAUCUGCUGGCUGAGACUGAUGUCCUGGCUUAUGACUGCGCUGCCAGAGAGAAAUAUGCCAUGAUGUUUGACGAGCCGGUUCUGCUGCAGCUCGGGUGGUGGUACGUAGCGUGGGCCCGUGUGUCUGGCCCCAGCAGUGACUGCGGCUCUCAUGGACAGGCAACCAUCACCACUGAUGACGGCGUUGUCUUUCAGUUCAAAAGCUCUAAGAAGUCAAAUAACGGUACAGAUGUUAAUGCGGGUCAGAUACCACAGCUGCUUUACAGGCUUCCUUCAAAUGAUGGCAAUGCAUCAAAAGGAAAGCAACAGACCAGUGAGCCAGUCCACAUUCUCAAACGGUCAUUCGCCCGGACCGUCUCAGUGGAGUGUUUUGAAUCACUGCUGAGUAUUCUUCACUGGAGCUGGACCACCUUGGUUUUGGGUGUGGAGGAGCUGCGGGGGCUGAAGGGUUUCCAGUACACAGCCACCCUGCUGGACCUGGAGAGACUUCGCUUUGUUGGCACCUGCUGCCUCCGACUUCUUCGGGUCUACAUUUGUGAAAUCUUCCCAAUUGCCGCCAGCACCAAAGCUGUAGUGGAGGAGUCGAGCAAGCUGGCGGAGUGCGUGGGAAAGACACGCAGCCUGCUGAAGAAGAUUCUGUCAGAAGGCACGGACAACUGCCUGACAAAACUGGACAAUGACCCCCAGGGCUACCUGUCUCAGCCUCUCACCCUGCUGGAGGCUGUGCUGCAGGAGUGCCACAACACCUUCACCGCCUGUUUCCACUCGUUCUACCCAACUCCUGCUCUGCAGUGGGCCUGCCUGUGUGACCUGCUCAACUGUCUAGACCAGGACAUUGCUGAGGCCAAUUUUCGGACAUCCAGCAGCCGCCUGCUGGCAGCUGUAAUGUCAGCUCUUUGUAACACCUCAGUGAAGCUGACGUCCAUCCUGCCUAUUGCCUAUGACGGAGAGGUGCUGCUGCGUUCACUGGUCAAACAAGUCAGCACAGAGAACGACUCUGCCCUUGCUCACCGAUUUCCCCUGUUGGUGGCGCAUAUGGAGAAGCUUAGCCAUACGGAGGAGAACCUGAUGGGUAUGACCAGUUUCCGGGAAGUACUAGAGAAGAUGCUCGUGAUCGUGGUGCUACCCGUGAGGAAGAGUCUGAGGAAGGAAGUGGAGCUGUUUUCUCCUCACCUGGUCUCCAAUACGUGUGGUCUGCUGGCCUCCAUCGUCUCCGAGCUCACUGCCUCUGCCCUGGGCUCUGAGGUUGACGGGUUGAACUCCCUCCACUCUGUGAAGGCAUCUCCCAACCGCUUCACUAAAACAAGCCAGGGGCGCAGUUGGAACACAGGCAAUGGCUCACCGGACGCCAUCUGCCUGACAGUGGACAAACCAGGCGUCGUGCUGGUGGGCGUCUGUGUCUACGGAGGAGGGGGCAUCCACGAGUAUGAACUAGAGGUGCUGGCCGACGAUGCCCAGACAGAACACCCAGGCGACUCAGCACAUUCUCACAGGUGGACAUCUCUGGAGUUGGUGAAAGGCACCUACAGCACCGAUGACUCACCAAGCGACAUUGCUGAGAUCCGUUUGGAUAAGGCUGUGCCGCUCAAGGAAGGGGUGAAGUACGCGGUCCGAUUACGAAACUACGGCAGCAGAACGGCUAAUGGAGACGGAGGGAUGACCACGGUGCAGUGUUCUGAUGGCGUGUCCUUCACCUUCAGCACCUGCAGCCUCAGUAGCAAUGGGACCAACCAGACCAGAGGUCAGAUCCCACAGAUUCUCUACUACAGGAGCGAGUAUGAUGGGGACCUACAGUCUCAGCUGCUAAGCAAAGCCAACGAAGAAGAUAAAAACUGUAGCCGAGCCCUGUCUGUGGUCAGUGCUGUGGUCAGAGCCGCUAAGGACCUCCUUCAUAGAGCAUUUGCAGUUGAUGUGGAUGAUAUUCCAGAAUUGCUAAGUUCUUCCAGCCUGUUCUCCAUGCUCCUGCCUCUUAUUUUGGCCUACAUUGGCCCUGUUGCUGCGUCUGUGCCUAAGGCUGCCGUUGAAGUCUUUGGACUAGUUCAAGAGUUGCUACCUGCUGUCUCUGCCCUCAACCAAAAAUACGCCCCACCCACCUUCAACCCCAACCAGUCAACAGACAGCACAACUGGCAACCAGCCUGAGCAGGGCCUGUCGGCUUGCACCACUUCAAACCACUACUCUGUCAUUGAGAGCGACCACCCUUACAAACAAGCUGGCGUCACACAGUACAGAGUAUCAUUCCCCGACUGUGUUCGUUGGACCACUAUCGAGUUCGAUCCACAGUGUGGCACUGCACAGCCAGAGGACGUCCUGCGCCUGCUCAUCCCCAGCCGGACGCUCCACCUGUCCCACCUCGGGGGCAAACCUUUGAUCCAUGACACCAUCAACACAUGGACCGAGCUCAGGAAGUUCUCCGGCUCCACAGGCUGGCCGACCACCGUCCUUGUCCUGCCAGGAAAUGAAGUUCUGUUUUCACUGGAAACGGCCUCAGACUAUGUAAAGGAUGAGAAAGCAUGCUUCUAUGGCUUUAAGUGUGUGGCUGUUGGAUAUGAGUUCAACCCUGGCCCCGAUGAGGGCAUUAUCCAGUUGGAGAAAGAGUUGGCGUACCUGGGCAGUGUGUGUGCUGCGGCUCUGAUGAAGAAAGACCUGGCCCUCCCCAUUGGCAAUGAAUUAGAAGAAGACCUUGAGAUUCUUGAAGAAGCCUCUCUUCAGGUGUGUAAAUCCCACUCGGGGAUCCUGGGAAAGGGUCUGGCUUUGUCUCACUCGCCGACCAUCCUGGAGGCCCUGGAGGGGAAUCUUCCUCUUCAUCUCCAAACCAACGAGCACUCGUUUCUCGAGGACUUCAUUACCUGUGUACAGAACUCAAGUGGAGGUCGUCUGGCCAGGUGGCUGCAGCCAGAUUCAUACGCUGACCCUCAGAAGACAUCUCUGAUCCUGAACAAAGAUGAUAUACGUUGUGGGUGGCCAGCUACGGUGGUCGUUCAAACUAAAGACCAGUAUGGGGAUGUGGUGCAUGUUCCUAACAUGAAGGUGGAGGUGAAGGCAGUACCCGUUUCCCAGAAGAAGUCCGUGCAGCCGGAUAAUGUGAAGAAGCUGCAACGGCUCCCUGGGGGCUCCUCCCCUUCGUCCUCUGGUCCGGACCUCACCUUUGGAGGUCUACCAGUGCCUAAGCUGGAGGCCACGUACGAGCCGAUGAUAGUUAAAGAAGCACGAUACAUUGCCAUUACCAUGAUGAAGGCGUAUGAAAACUACUCUUUUGAAGAGCUGCGCUUUGCUUCCCCUACUCCAAAGAGACCCAGUGAGAAUAUGCUGAUCCGUGCCAACACCGAUGGAACCUACAGCGCCAACUGGACUCCAGGAGCUGUCGGCCUCUAUACAAUCCAUGUCACCAUCGAUGGCAUUGAAAUAGAUGCUGGUUUGGAGGUCGAAGUCAAGGACCCGCCCAAAGGCAUGAUACCACCUGGAACCCAGAUGGUCAAACCAAAAGCUGAACCUCAGCCGAGCAAGGUCCGCAAAUUUGUGUCCAAGGACAGCGCAGGCCUGCGCGUGCGUAGUCACCCCUCCCUGCAGAGCGAACAGAUAGGCAUAGUGCAUGUCAAUGGCACUAUCACUUUCAUUGACGAGAUCCACAAUGAUGAUGGUGUGUGGCUCAGGCUCAAUGAUGAAACAGUAAAGAAGUAUGUUCCCAGCAUGAAUGGUUACACAGAAGCCUGGUGUCUCUCUUUUAAUCAGCACCUGGGCAGGAACCUUCUGGUCCCAGCCGACGAGGUCAGGGGCCAGAUGGAGGAGAACGUAAAGGAGGUGAGCAGCUGCCCUUCCCAUGAGGCUCCCAUUCGGGUGCAGAACAGGGCAGGGCAGGGUGGCGGCCCGGGACUUUAUAAGGUAGUGAAGACCGGCCCCUCUGGUCACAACAUCAGAAGCUGCCCAAACCUUAGGGGUAUCCCCAUUGGAAUGUUAGUUCUUGGCAACAUGGUCAAGGCCAUAGGCGAGGUGGUCAACUCAGAGGGAACAUGGGUACAGCUUGAUAAGAACAGUGUGGUGGAGUUCUGUGAGAGUGAUGAAGGAGAAGCAUGGUCAUUGGCCAGAGACCGCGGUGGAAACCAGUACCUCCGCCACGAUGAGGAGCAAGCGUUGCUUGAGCAGGCGAAUCAGACCCCCCCUCCCAGCCCCUUUUCUGUGACAGCUUUCAACAGAGCCGCAACCGCAAAUGGAGCACAGGGUUUUGACUACGGCAUCUCCAACAACAAAGGUGACCGGUUGAGUGCCAUACUGAAUUCCAUUCAGUCUGGGCCCUUCCUCUCAGCAGCUCCCUCCUCCUCUGUAUUUGAGCAAGCUGCCCAACCUCCCUCCUCCUCCUCUUCCUCCUCCUCCUCCUCCCUUGUCCACAGCCCAUUUGUGUUUGGACAAUCCCCCUCUCAAGUGUCUCAGCCACAACCACAGCUUCUGAGUGACCGAGGGAACCUGAUGUCCAGUGCGCGCUCAAUGUCUCCAGGCUCCAAACAGCGCCAGGAGAAUCGCUCGCCAAAGCAAGAAAGUCGGGGAAGCCGCUCCUCUGAACAGGGAAGGAUUAAGGCAGGCGAGGGGGGUCUCUCUGCCAGCGAGGCCCUCAUCCUGCGGUCGGACACGGCCAAACUGAGAUCGGACUCCCACAGCCGCUCGCACUCGCCCAACCACAACACUCUGCAAGCUUUAAAGGCAGACGGUCGUACCUCGGGCACCCGUGCCGAGUCCCCGAAUCCUGGCUCUCGCUCCUCCUCUCCCAAACAAAAAGCCGUAUCCUCCUCGGGGAGAUCUAGUCCCUCCGGCACUUCCUCCCAGCACUCGUCUUCAACCAACCACGACAAGAACCUCCCACCUAAGGUUAGCCCCCCGUCCAAAGCCCGGCUGGAUCCUCCCAGGGAGAGAUCAAAAUCAGACUCGUACACUCUGGACCCAGACACACUCAGAAAGAAGAAGAUUCCCUUCACAGAGCCUCUUAGGGGCAGAUCUACGUCCCCUAAACCUAAACUAUCACCGAAAGACCCGAAUAAAGAAGUGACCAGUAAUACAGAAAACCGUGUUCCUUCUCCCCAAGUUACCCAAGAAAACCUCCACAGUGAGGUAGUGGAAGUCUGCACCUCUAGUGCUCUCCUCUCCAAUGAUGAGGGAAACGAUGAGAACGCGGAGGUCCUUAACUCGGACGAAGGCUCGUGCAAGGUGCACUUCAGCAUCGGCAAAGCCCCGGUCAAAGAGGAAGUUGAGAGCCGCUCUUCCCCCAAAGUCAGCCGCAAAGCCUCCAGUCGCCACACCCGCCCCAAAAAGGACAAAGCCGGGCCUCUGUUUAAGGGGGAGAGCAGUUCAAAGGUCACGGAGCCCGCCAAACAGGCCAUGUCGCCCUCUGUGGCCGAGUGCGCUCGAGCAGUCUUCGCCGCGUUCUUGUGGCAUGAGGGCAUUGUCCACGACGCCAUGGCCUGCUCCUCGUUCCUCAAGUUCAACCCAGAUUUGACCAAAGAGCAUGCUCCGAUUCGUAGCUCCCUGGGAGGACAGGGGGCUGAGGAGAAGGAGAGCAAGCUAAAGAACCGUCACUCCUUAGAGAUUUCCUCUGCACUCAACAUGUUUAAUAUUGCUCCACACGGCCCAGACAUCUCCAAGAUGGGUAGCAUCAACAAGAAUAAAGUGCUAUCUAUGCUGAAGGAGCCCCCGCUACCGGAGAAGUGUGAGGAUGGAAAAGGAGAAUCGGUGAACUACGAGAUAACUUCUCAUCCCGUUAUGAGGGUAAAGUCAAUCUUGCCUUUGACACUACAGCAUCUAGUAGCAUUCUGGGAGGACAUUUCGAUGGCCACUAUCAAAGCAGCCACCCAGAACAUGAUCUUCCCCAGCCCGGGCUCAAGCGCCAUCUUGAAAAAGAAGGAGCACGAGAAAGACAGCAAAAAGGCAAAGAAGGAGAAGAAGAAGCGGGAGAAGUCUGAGGUGCGUCCGAGAGGGAAUCUGUUUGGAGAGAUGGCGCAGCUCGCCAUGGGUGGACCGGAGAAAGACACCAUCUGUGAGCUGUGUGGGGAGUCGCAUCCAUAUCCUGUCACGUACCACAUGAGACAGGCUCACCCAGGUUGUGGCCGCUAUGCCGGGGGCCAGGGCUACAACAGCAUCGGCCACUUCUGCGGUGGCUGGGCCGGAAAUUGCGGAGAUGGCGGCAUUGGUGGCAGCACCUGGUACCUGGUGUGUGACCGUUGCCGGGAGAAAUACCUCAGAGAGAAACAGACUGCGGCCAGGGAAAAGGUUAAGCAAUCAAGGAAGAAACCCUUGCAGGUGAAAACCCCCCGGGCCCUACCUACGAUGGAGGCCCACCAGGUGAUUCGGGCAAAUGCGCUGUUCCUGCUCUCCCUCAGCAGCGCAGCUGAGCCCAGCAUGCUCUGCCACCACCCUCCCCGGCCCCUUCACUCCCAUCUGCUUCCCAGCCUCAAGGAAGGCGUGUCGGAAGAGCUGCCCAAUAAAAUGGGCUGCCUCUACCUACAGACACUAGCAAGGCAACACACCGAAAACUUUGGGGCCUACCAAGAUGACAACCUUUUCCAGGAUGAGAUGAGGUACUUGCGCUCCACGCCUGUUCCGGCGCCAUACAUUUCCGUCACUCCGGACGCCUGCCCCAAUGUGUUUGAGGAACCCGAGAGCAACAUGAAAUCCAUGCCCCCCAGUCUGGAGACCAGUCCGAUCACAGACAGUGACACCGCAAAGCGCACGGUGUUCCAGAGGUCGUACUCAGUUGUAGCAUCUGAGUACGAUAAGCAACACUCACCGUCUCCAGCCCGGGUCAAAGCUGUGCCCAGGCGCCGGGUUCACAGCGGCGACGCAGAAGUGGGCUCCUCGCUGUUACGCCACCCGUCUCCAGAGCUGUCCCGUCUGAUCUCGGCUCAUGGCUCCCUCAGUAAGGGUGAGAGGAACUUCCAGUGGCCUGUCCUGGCUUUUGUCAUCCAGCACCAUGACCUGGAGGGCCUGGAGGUGGCUAUGAGGCACGCUUUGCGGAAGUCUGCCUGCAGGGUUUUCGCCAUGGAGGCGUUCAACUGGCUGCUCUGCAAUGUGAUCCAGACCACCUCCCUGCACGACAUCCUUUGGCAUUUUGUAGCAUCUCUCACCCCGUCCCCCUGUGAGCCUGAGGAUGAGGAAGAUGAGGAGAACAAGGGGAACAAAGAAGUUGUAGAGCAGGAAAGAGACCUGGGAGUCUGCGAGCACCCUCUGUCAGAUAUUGUGAUCGCUGGAGAGGCAGCUCAUCCUCUCCCCCACACCUUCCACCGCCUCCUCCAGACCAUCUCUGACCUCAUGAUGUCACUUCCAAGUGGCAGUUCACUACAGCAGAUGGCACUCAGGUGCUGGAGUCUCAAGUUUAAGCAGUCUGACCACCAGUUUCUCCACCAGAGCAACGUUUUCCAUCACAUUAACAACAUCUUGUCCAAGUCUGAUGAUGGAGACAGUGAGGAGAGCUUUAACAUCAGUGUGCAGUCGGGUUAUGAAGCGAUCAGCCAGGAUCUCUGCCUGGUCACCUGUUUGAAGGACCUGACCAGCGUAGUGGACAUGAAGACGUCGAGUCGCCCCGCCAUGAUCGGCAGCCUGACAGAUGGCUCCACCGAGACCUUCUGGGAGUCUGGAGACGAGGACAAGAACAAAACCAAGAGCAUCACUAUCAGCUGUGUGAAGGGCAUAAACGCUACCAAGGCGUCAGUUCAUGUGGACAACUCCAGGGACAUUGGGAACAAAGUCACAGCAGUCACAUUCCUGUGUGGAAAAACAAUAGAGGACCUUUGCAGAAUCAAGCAGGUUGACUUGGAUUCGCGUCACAUGGGCUGGGUGACCAGUGAGCUUCCUGGGGGAGACCAUCAUGUGAUCAAGGUGGAACUGAAAGGACCUGAAAACACCCUGAGGGUGCGCCAGGUUAAGGUUCUCGGUUGGAAAGAGGGCGAGAGCAUCAAGAUACCCGGGCAGAUCUCUGCCAGUAUGGCCCAGCAGAAGAACUGUGAAGCUGAGACACUCAGAGUUUUCCGCCUCAUAACCUCACAGGUAUUUGGAAAGCUUAUAUGCGGAGAUGCAGAGCCCACUCCAGAACAGGAGGAGAAAAACCUGCUUUCAUCACCGGAAGGAGAGGACAAGGCGCCAUCUGAUGCAGACCUUAAAGAGCACAUGGUUGGGAUAAUUUUCAGCAGGAGCAAACUCACCAACCUGCAGAAACAGGUGUGCGCACACAUUGUCCAGGCCAUCCGAAUGGAAGCCACGCGCGUGCGGGAGGAGUGGGAACACGCCAUCUCUAGCAAAGAGAACGCCAACUCUCAGCCCAGUGAUGAUGACGCCUCCUCUGAUGCCUACUGCUUUGAGCUCCUCUCCAUGGUCUUGGCUCUGAGUGGCUCCAAUGUCGGCCGACAGUACUUAGCUCAGCAGCUCACUCUCAUGCAGGACCUCUUUUCUCUGCUGCACACUGCUUCCCCGAGAGUACAGAGACAGGUGACUUCGCUGCUUAGACGCGUGCUGCCAGAGGUGACACCUGUGCGUCUCGCCAGCAUCAUCGGGGUGAAGGCUCUGCCUCCAGCAGAUAUCAGCGACAUCAUCCACUCCACGGAGAAGGGCGACUGGAACAAACUCUGCAUCCUGGAUAUGUUCCUCGGCUGCAUUGCCAAAGCCCUCACCGUCCAGCUGAAAGCCAAAGGCACCACGAUCUCGGGCACAGCUGGCAUGGCUGCAGGGAAAGGGGUCACAACUGUCACCCUGCCCAUGAUCUUCAACUCUAGCUACAUCCGCAGAGGGGAGAGCCACUGGUGGAUGAAAGGCUCUACUCCUCCACAGAUUGCAGAGAUCAUCAUAAAGCUGGUUAAAGACAUGGCAGCUGGUCACCUUUCAGAUGCAUGGUCCAGAGUCACCAAAAAUGCCAUAGCUGAGACCAUCAUAGCCCUCACUAAAAUGGAGGAGGAGCACCGAUCUCCUGUGCGCUGUAUUGCAACAACGAGGCUGUGGCUGGCUCUGGCAUCGCUGUGCGUGCUGGACCAGGAUCACGUGGACAGGCUGUCCUCCGGACGAUGGAUGGGCAAAGACGGACAGCAGAAGCAGAUGCCCAUGUGUGACAACCACGAUGAUGGCGAGACAGCAGCCAUCAUACUUUGUAACGUGUGUGGAAACCUGUGCACCGACUGCGAUCGCUUCCUCCAUCUGCACCGACGCACACGCUCUCACCAGAGACAGGUGUUCAAAGAGGAAGAGGAGGCCAUAAAGGUGGAUCUCCAUGAAGGCUGUGGGAGAACCAAGCUCUUCUGGCUCAUGGCCCUGGCGGAUUCCAAGACAAUGAAGGCCAUGGUGGAGUUUAGAGAGCACACAGGUAAACCAGCAUCCAGCAGCUCCGACGCCUGCAGGUUCUGCGGUACAAGAAAUGGGACGGAGCUCUCUGCAGUGGGGAGCGUCUGCUCGGACCCAGACUGCCAGGAGUACGCUAAACUGGCCUGCAGUAAGACUCACCCCUGCGGACACCCCUGCGGAGGAGUCAGGAACGAGGAGGCCUGCCUGCCAUGUCUGCAUGGCUGCGAUAAGAACACGGGCUGUUUGAAACAGGACGCGGACGACAUGUGUAUGAUCUGCUUCACGGAAGCGCUCUCCGCUGCUCCCGCAGUACAGCUGGACUGCACACACGUGUUUCACCUUCAGUGCACUCGUCGCGUUCUCGAAAACCGUUGGCUCGGGCCCCGAAUAACAUUUGGGUUCAUGUUGUGUCCUAUUUGCAAGAACAAAAUCAAUCACUCCGUGAUCAAAGACCUGCUCGACCCCAUUAAAGAGCUGUACGAGGACGUGAGGAGGAAGGCCCUGAUGAGACUGGAGUACGAGGGUCUGCACAAGAGUGAGGCAAUAACCACGCCGGGAGCACGCUUCCACAAUGACCCCGCAGGCUUCGCUAUGAACAGAUACGCUUAUUAUGUCUGCUACAAGUGCAAGAAGGCGUAUUUCGGGGGGGAGGCUCGCUGCGAUGCAGAGGCGGGACAGGGCGAUGACUACGACCCCAGCGAGCUGAUCUGUGGAGCAUGCUCAGAUGUCUCUCGAGCUCAGAUGUGCUCCAAGCACGGCACGGACUUCCUGGAGUAUAAAUGCCGGUACUGCUGCUCUGUGGCCGUCUUCUUCUGCUUUGGCACCACACACUUCUGCAACGCCUGCCACGAUGACUUUCAGAGGAUGACCAGCGUCCCCAAAGAGGAGCUGCCUCACUGUCCUGCUGGGCCCAAAGGUAAGCAGCUGGAAGGCACCGAGUGUCCACUGCACGUGGUCCACCCGCCAACGGGGGAGGAGUUCGCUCUGGGCUGUGGGGUGUGCAGGAACGCCCACACCUUCUAAUCAGCAGGAGACUUUUAACAGAGAACCAGAUUUGUCUACUGUGAUUUCUGGAUGCUGCUGCUUCUGCUGCUGAAGCUCAGCAGAAAAAAGAAAACUUGACUCUUGCAUUGGUCAAGUCUCCUGGACACCAGACCAGGUUUCUGCUCUACUCCCAAGAGUCCUCAGGUCUGCUCCUUUUACCAACAUCAGUAUCCAGGCUCUGCAACAAGCACGGGCAGUAGCUCUUUCGGAUUCAGAGCAACCUGAAUAAGGAGGGAUGGGGAGGGGGGAGGGGGGACAAUUUUAAAAUAAAGAGAAGAAGAAAACAAAAAAUAAAAUAACUUGUGACGUGUUUGCAUGCGGCCGUAGUAUUCCCUCGGCUUUUAUAGACGUUGCACACCCCCCCAAUCACUGAAGUGUAACAAUACAAGAUUAAAUAUGAAAUAAAUUUGCUUCAAUGCAACUGUGGAUGAGCGUGGGUUUAAAAGAAGAAGAAGAAGAAAAAAAAAAAGGAACGGGCCGUAUUUCCAGCUUCCUAACUAUGAAUUUAAAAAUAUUGUUGUACGUAUACUUUUUUUUUCGUAAUCUUGUACAGUAUUCUCCACUGUCAAGUGCAUCAUGGGUUGACGGACAAAAAAACAAAAACAAAACAAGAAUUGGUGGAUAAGACUGUUAAGAAUAUUACAUUUGGGAGGAAAUAGUGUACGAUUUAUCUAAACUUGUAUAUAAUUAUACUAUUCAGAAUAGCUGUAUUCCGAAGUUGCUCUCUUCACUUCAGUUUUGUUUGAUAUUCUGGUUUAUGUUUUAAGCCAGAGGUUUUAAUGAAGUGCAAUACUGGGUGUGCCUCCUAUUUUGCAGCUGUCAAACCUAUGGAAUGUAUGUCAAAUAAAGCCACUGUACAUUUUUAUACAGUAGACAGUCGUAAUUUUCCCUCUUUAAGUGUCAGUUGUCAUCUGCUCUGUGUUGGAGGAGGAUCCUCACAUCUACAGUGAAUAAUGGUGGAUGUAUAUCUUGUUUGCAGCUCUGAUUAAUUGAGAAAAACAGACAAACAAACACCAAAAUCCCUGGAGAGAUACAAAAUAACCAAACAGAAAUAAACCUCACUGUAAGAUAUGAUACAGCUGAAUGAAUUUGGGGGCCAGUCUUCACACCAAAUAAAGUUGUGCACCUGUUUUUGCUUUUUUCCUAUUUGGAAGCAGAGAGGCCUGGUGUCAGGGAGGAGGGAAAGUCUUUGGGAUGGGGGAAAGCAGCUGCUGUUAAAUAAAAAGCUUACUACUUGUGAAUCUGCUCUGUAAUAUCUGUGGUGGAUGGAGUUGAAUGGUAAUAAACCAGAUUCUCUGUUUCGCAAAGUAUACA